AUGGAUGACAAUCACUUCGUACCCAGAGAACCACGGUAUGAGGAGGUGCGGAGCCGAAGGCGUGUAGCCAAGCGGCAUCAAUGCCCCAAGCCAGGGUGCGGAAAGUCAUUCAGUCGGCCAUCCCAUCUCGCGUGGCACGCUCUGAACCAUUCGGCCGUCGAGUUUGAAUGCCCUCGUUGUGCUGCAUCCUUCAAGCGCCGCGAUCUCCUUGGUACGUAUACCCAUGCCUUGAUCUGUAAAAAACGAAAACUUACCAACCCACUUUUUUCAGAGCGACACAAGGCUCGCCAUGCAAGUAAAGACCGGCUAGCUGGCGGGUUAGGGCUCGGCAUCCUCAGGACUAAACGACAUCGUCGGGGCCGACUUAUAAUGGCUUCUGGGUCAACGAGCGGCCAGCCAUUGGCAACAUCAAGGGACCCGCAGAGAGUAGUGACAAUAGAUCAACCGGGCACUGAUAUGAUCUCUUCAGCUCUUCCUGAACACGUAGGUGUAGCGGGGAGCGAUGAAUCAGCGGUCGGUAACUUCCAAGAAGCGACAGAACGAUCUGCCACGUUCGACGAAGCCAUCUCUGAUGAACCCCACGGAGGAAUUCUGAGCACAGAGGGCUUUGACUUUCUUGAGCUCGGAGACAUGUAUCACGACUCUACCUUUGACUUUAUGCAUUUCAAUGUCACAGGCGAUCCACAGUCUCCAGGAAGCUUCCGUGAUUCAAGUCUUGUGCCGGGCCAAGACGACUUACCUAUCUUACCCCCAAACUCUCUUGGCUUUGAUCAGGAUGGCCAAUCAUCUCAUCCAAUGCAAGACGCAACAGCACUGUUUUCAUCAACAAUUAGAACACCGACAGAAUGCGAGUCUGCAGAUCCCUUUCAAAGACUCCCUAGCCCCCAACCAACAGGAAGUCACAGUAAGGAAGCACUUGAGACAAGCAGUAAUUCCGCAGAAGUGGACAGUCUAUGCUCCCUUGGGCGCCUGGGGCUGAAUAACCUGCAUCUGACGCAAACAAAGAGGGGGGAGAUUCUCGGGCUCAUCAACGAUAUGAGACCAGUUUACCCAGACGGCACAUCGAUCGAUGACAGUACAGCUGACCUCUCGCUCGACCGAAUGCAGGAAUACCUAGACUUAUUCUUUGCCAAAUUCAACUCUUGCUACCCCAUGAUACACACACCGACACUUGAGGUUCUCGACGCGGAGCCAUUAUUCAUUUUAUCUCUAAUUGUCUUUGGGGCUACAUACAAGGAGAAAGAAGACCAUCAGCUUUCAGUCUGCUUGUAUGACGCCAUGACUCCAUACAUCAUGAGCGGGCUCAGUGGGAUCAAGGUGCCUGAUCUUUCCAUUCUUCAGGCCUUUAUGAUCUUGGAAUGUUAUGGGAUAUAUCGAGCUGGAGCAUACCAGCGGGAAAAUGCUAUUGUAAUGCAUACAUUUCUAUUCAACGCUAUAAGGAGACUAUCCCGUUACCACGUUCGGGCCAGAAUAAUGGUACCCGACUUGAGGAUAGAUCACGAAAAGGACUGGAAAGCAUUUGCAUACCAUGAGCAGUACAAACGGUUGAUAUUGUUUAUCUUUAUGUGGGAUACGCAGAAUGUCAGUUACUAUUCGUUCAUGCCAAGUAUGUCUACCCAAUCGAUUCAAGUAAUCCUACCAUGCUCCAAAGAGGCUUGGGAGGCGAAUGAUGAAGAUGCUUGGAAAGCAAUGGUUUCCUCAAAGAUUGAUCUCCCGUUGAUCAACAAUAUGGUAAAGGGCUUUAUCGAGGAUGGGGGAAGCAUAUGGUGUGAGACCUUGGACAGCUUAUCUCUGAGCUUUAUCCUGCACGGCUUGAUGUCAAUGUGCAACGACAUGGUCCAUUUCCACAACCAGUCCAUCUAUCUUGGAAAUGCCGCAGAGGGGAACGGCAACGCUUGGCGGUGUCGCAUGACGGCUGCCCUGGAGCUCUGGAAGACAAAAUAUGAUGCUUACGCUAUGGGCACAAGACAAACCAUUGAUGAAGACUCGUCGCUACACGAGUUCCGCCAGGAAAACGUGGCUUAUCUUGCGCUUUAUCACACGGCCCAUAUUGUCGUCAAUGCGGAUAUCCGUCAUCUUCAGAUCGCAGCAGGCGCUGAGGCAAUCUUCGGGCAUGUUGUAACGAGCACAGAGCGCGAAGAAAGCAUAAAGGCGGUGAUGGAGUGGGUGCGAGUGACUCCUGACUCGGCUGGUCAUGCUGCGUGGCAUGCUGCACAGAUGAUCCGCGAGGGCCUAUUAAACCUGCGGAACUGGAAGGCUAAUGGAAUGUUCCAUUACCCGUGGUGUCUCUACAUCGGCGUCUUGACGAUUUGGGCUUUUGUGCAUUUCUCGCAGGGGCAGAGUGAUGGGGACGACAACCGUGGAGCCUGUCAUCAUAGCAUUGGUGGAGAGGAUAUUUUGCGGACGCAGUCAAAGGCUCUUAUGCACCAGACCAUCUCAAAUAUGGCAUCUUGUACCCCAGCGACAAUUGGCAGAGAUCUGCAUAGAUGUUGCCCGCAUGGUUUGGCUAUUGAAGUGGCAAAGUAUCUCAAGACAGUUCGAUGGACUGCUGCUUUCGAAGCAAUGAAGGUCCUUGAGGGCAUUGUGGACACGGAGAUACUUUGA